ACACAUCCUGUUUCCCGUUAGCUCAUCAAGCUGCAAUAUUCAAUCCUUGACAUUGCGAAAAUGGACGCUGUUAUGGUCUAGACCUGGAUAUAUAGGAACCAUAAACUGCGAGUUUCAGAUCUCUGCUAUGAGAACAUUUCUCGUUCGUCCAGGUGGAGGCUGGAGGUGUGUGUAGAGUGCAGUACACAUCAGCAGCAUGUAUUCUGAGUGGCGCUCACUGCAGCUGGUGGUGCAGAGUGACCAGGGCCAUCUCAGUGUUCUGCACAGCUAUCCCACCACCGUGGGCACGGAGGUGGCAAAUGCUGUGGUCAAACCUCUGGGUACAGCUGUAAGCCCUGUGGCCACAGAGAAUAUCCUGAAGACGGACAAGGAGGUGAAAUGGACCAUGGAGGUGUUGUGUUAUGGCCUCACCCUCCCCCUGGAGGGAGACACCGUGAAGCUGUGUGUGGAUGUGUACACAGACUGGAUGAUGGCCCUGGUGUCGCCCAGGGACUCCAUGCCUACGCCGGUUGUCAAGGAGCCCAACAUGUACGUCCAGACCAUCCUCAAACACCUCUACAACGUCUUUGUGCCAAGGCCUGAGCAGCAUAGUCUGAACCACAUCAGGCUCUGCCAGCAGGUUCUGACGGCAGUUCAGAAGUUGGCACGUGAGUCUGUUUCCAUGGUGAGGGAAACCUGGGAGGUGCUAUUGCUCUUCCUGCUUCGCAUCAACGACACAUUACUUGCCGCGCCAACGGUUGGAGUUGGCGUUGCUGAGAAACUGGCAGAGAAACUGAUGGCGGUGCUGUUCGAGGUGUGGCUACUGGCGUGCGCUCGCUGCUUUCCCACGCCGCCAUAUUGGAAGACAGCGAAGGAAAUGCUGGCCAACUGGAGACACCACCCCCCGGUUGUAGAGCAGUGGAGCAGAGUGGCCUGUGCCCUCACCUCCAGGCUCUUGCGCUUUACACAUGGACCAUCCUUCCCGCCCUUUAAAGUUCCCGAUGAAGAUGCCAGCCUGAUCCCUUUAGAGAUGGACAACGACUGUGUGGCCCAGACGUGGUACCGCUUCCUCCACAUGCUAAGCAACCCAGUGGACCUGAGCAACCCUGCAAUAGUGAGCACCACUCCGAAGUUUCAGGAACAGUUUCUAAACUCCAGCGGCAUCCCUCAUGAAGUGGUGCUGCAUCCGUGUUUGAAACAGCUGCCCCAGAUCUUCUUCAGGGCCAUGAGGGGCAUCAGCUGCUUAGUGGAUGCAUUCUUAGGUGUCUCUGUUGAAAAGAAAGAUGUACGGGAGAGGGUGUUCACUUUUUCUCCAGUGCUGCACUCUCAUGGUAUAUCACGUCCCAGAUCUGACAGUGCCCCGCCCACCCCGGUCAACAGAAUGAGCAUGUCUCCGCCCCCCUCCAUCACCAACACCACACCCCCCCACAGCCGCAAGCAACGGCAUACAGUGGUCACCAAAACCACGAGCAAGAGUUCAACGGGCAGUGGCAGUCAACCAACCAAAGGGUCCCAGCAGCAGCAGCAGCAGCAGCAGCAGACGUCCUCCUCCCCGACGCUGCUCUCCAGCCCCAACCAGAGCAGCUGGGAGUCUCGGCCCCUGCCCGCCCCGGCACGUCCCAAAGUCAACAGCAUCCUCAACCUGUUCGGCCAGUGGCUCUUCGACGCGGCCCUGGUCCACUGUAAGCUCCACAGCGGCCUCAGCAGAGACCCCAGCAUGACCGCCUCUUUUAUCCAAAUUCUCCUUUCUUAUAAAUCUUCGAUAGCCACUCAAGUAGGUCUGGAGCUGAGAAGGAAGGGUUCCCAAAUGUCCACCGACUCCAUGGUGUCCAACCCCAUGUUCGAUGCCAACGAGUUCCCAGAGAGCUACGAGGCGGGGCGGGCGGAGGCCUGCGGGACGCUCUGCCGCAUCUUCUGUAGCAAGAAGACCGGAGAAGACAUUCUGCCCGUUUACCUGUCCAGGUUCUACAUGGUCCUGAUUCAGGGUCUCCAGAUCUCAGAUUUUAUCUGCAGACCAGUUCUGGCUUCUAUCAUCCUCAACUCUUCGUCUCUGUUCUGCACCGACCUGAAAGGCAUCAACGUGCUGGUGCCCUACUUUAUAGCUGCCCUGGAGACUAUUGUACCAGACAGGGAGCUGUCCAAAUUCAAGAUGUACGUAAAUCCCACCGACCUGCGGAGAGCCUCCAUCAACAUCCUGCUUACCAUGCUGUCUUUGCCGCAUCAUUUUGGCAACAUCAAAUCAGAGGUUCUGUUGGAAGGAAAGUUCAACGAGGAGGAUGGGUGGCCACAUGACCAGCCCGUGUCUUUCCUGUCCCUGAGGCUGCGUCUCGUCAACGUCCUCAUAGGAGCCCUUCAGACUGAGACGGACCCCACCAACACACAGCUCAUCCUGGGUGCAAUGCUAAACAUUGUUCAAGACUCAGCACUGCUGGAGUCAAUAGGUGCACAGACUGAAACGGGGAGCAUAGACGGGAGCCACAUGGCGGUGAGGAGUCACAGUCACAGCCGCACCAACAGCGGCAUCAGCUUCAACAGCGGGGGGAGCACGGAGGCCACCAGCCCCGACUCUGAGAGACCUGGCCAGGCCCUGCUGCGAGACUACGCUCUUGCAGAUACGGCGGCGGGCCUGCUGGUGCGCAGCAUCCACCUGGUCACCCAGAGACUCAACUCCCAGUGGAGGCAGGACAUGAGCAUCUCACUGGCUGCACUGGAGCUGCUGGCGGGGCUAGCCAAGGUGAAGGUGGGAGUAGACUCUGCAGACCGUAAGCGGGCCGUCAGCUCUAUAUGUGGGUACAUCGUGUACCAGUGCAGCCGUCCAGCUCCCCUCCAGUCCCGAGACCUCCACUCCAUGAUUGUAGCUGCCUUCCAGUUUCUCUGUGUGUGGCUCACAGAACACCCCGACAUGCUGGAUGAGAAGGAUUGUCUGGUAGAGGUGUUGGAGAUUGUGGAGCUGGGAAUAUCUGGCAGUAAGUCUCGACAGGAACUGGAAGUCCGACAUAAAGGGGAGAAGGAGCACAACCCGGCCUCAAUGAGGGUGAAGGAUGCUGCGGAGGCCACUUUAUCCUGUAUCAUGCAGGUGUUGGGGGCCUUCCCCUCCCCCAGCGGGCCCGCCUCCACCUGCAGCCUGCUGAAUGAAGACACCCUGAUCCGCUACGCCAGACUCAGCGCCACGGGAGCCAGCAACUUCCGCUACUUCGUCCUGGACAACUCGGUCAUCCUCGCCAUGCUGGAGCAACCCCUCGGCAAUGAGCAGAACCCGAGUCCAUCAGUGACGGUUCUGAUCCGAGGCACGGCAGGCAGACAUGCCUGGACCAUGCAGCUCUUCCACCAACCCAGAGGAGCUCGGGCCAAUCAGAGGCAGGUGUUUGUUCCAGAGGGCCGUCCAAAACCCAACAACGGUGUGGGCAUCAAGUACAACGUGAAGCAGAGGCCCUUCCCCGAAGAGGUGGAUAAGAUUCCUCUGGUCAAAGCGGACGUCAGUAUUCCUGACUUGGAUGACAUUGUCAGUAAAGAGCUGGAACUGCAACAUGACAAGCUCCGGGCUCUGAUGACAAAGCAGAUGGAGUACGAGAACUCCCUGGAGCGACACAGCGAGGAGAUCUGGAAGUCCAAGCCUUACCCCGACCCUCAGACGGACUGCAAACCCCCGUCCCCCGCGCAGGAGUUCCAAACAGCUCGCCUCUUCCUCUCACACUUCGGCUUUCUGUCUCUGGAGGCGCUCAAGGAGCCCAACAACAGUCGUCUACCUCCUCAUCUGAUUGGCCUGGAGUCUUCGUUGCCCGGGUUUUUUGAUGACAUAAGCUACCUAGACCUGCUUCCAUGCCGACCUUUUGACACCGUCUUUAUUUUCUAUGUGAGGGCUGGACAGAAAAGCAGCCCGGAGAUCCUGAGGAAUGUGGAGUCGUCGUCCAGCGUCCAACCCCACUUCUUGGAGUUCCUGCUGUCCUUGGGCUGGCCUGUGGACGUGGGACGCCACCCGGGCUGGACGGGACACCUGGACACCAGCUGGUCCCUGAACUCCUGCUCCGACAGCACUGAUUUCCAACAAACGGAGGACGCAGCUACUCCCGAGGACACAGGAGGCUCCAUGUUCAACGGGGAGAAGAAAGUGUUGUACUAUGCUGAUGCUCUGACAGAGAUUGCCUUCGUUGUUCCUUCGUUAUCGGAAAGUUCUGAGGAGUCGUCGGUGCACAGCGACUCCACCGUGGAGGCGGACACUAACGCAGACAUCGUGCCCGGGUCACUCAAACAACCCAAUCUCACACUGGAGCUGUUCCCCAACCAUUCAGAAAACCUGGAGUCUGCCAAAAAGCUGAGUCCUUUGGUGAAGUCGAAGAGGUCGUCCACUGGAAAGUCUUUCCCACCUCUGGGUCCCGAGACCAAGGUGUUUGUGGUCUGGGUGGAGCGCUUCGAUGAUAUCGAGAACUUCCCUCUGUCUGACCUCUUGGCGGAAACCAGCACGGGCUUGGAGGGGAGCAUGAGCAACAGCACUUCCUGCAGGUCAGGGUUACUGGAAAAGGACGUUCCUCUGAUCUUCAUCCAACCUCUGAAGACGGGACUCUUCAGGAUGCGGCUGCAUGGAGCUGUGGGUAAAUUCGGCAUGGUGAUUCCCCUGGUGGACGGCAUGGUGGUCAGCCGCAGAGCACUAGGGUUCCUCGUGCGGCAAACGGUCAUCAACGUGUGCCGACGGAAGCGUCUGGAAAGUGACUUGUACAACCCGCCUCACGUGCGGCGGAAGCAGAAAAUAACUGAGAUAGUCCAGCGUUACCGCAACAAGCAGCUGGAGCCGGAGUUUUACACCUCGCUCUUCCACGAGGUGGGGGAGGAAAAGCCUCACCUCUAACCUCCCCCAGCCCUGUCCUAACACUGGCUCACAAGCGCACAUUACAGCAUACACACACAUACACUCUCUCGUCCUAUACUCAUACACCAUUUACUGUGCGUGCAUACACUCACACACACCACACGCAGAUCUUUAUAUUUAUACUGUACUGUUUGUUAUUUAUAUGACUACAUAUAUCAACACUGUCUGCCUUUGACUCCGAGAGCAAAGUGUCAAAAACCCAAGCCACGUCGGGAAAAGCUGCAUUUCUCUGUCGCAGCCUCUCAUUGAAGAUGAAGCUCAACAGUGACUUUCUCUCCCCCCCCCACCAUUUAGAAUCAUGCUUCGUGGCAAAAAAGAGUCCCUGCUUGUCUUUAACUGCAAUAGUUACACUGUCGACCUUUCUGAAAUUGUAAAAAAGUUUGUCCUCUAAACCCUGUGAUGAAAUUGAUUUUCACGAUGCUUUGGUAAUACAGAGUUGUGUCCCAAAAUCUGCAUAUCUGGUUUUGUUUUAAUCAAACAGAUUCACAGCUGGAUUUCUCUCCAAGGAGAUGCACACGUUAUAAAACAUUUUUCAUCUCCUGCUGCUUUAAGGCAAGUGGCUUCACGAAGGGAUUGAAAGCAUUAACCCUUCGUCUAAUGUUACAACACAUUGUCAUUUAACAUGCAGACACCGGCUGAAGUCUUCCUCACACAUCGGGCCAAGCACAUAAGAUUUUCUUUAUAUAUUUGUAUUUGGUUUCUAGGACUCUUACGUUGCCAUUUUUGACAACUACGCCGUCUCAUUCAUCCCAUCUCACAACCUACUGCAGUGUGUGUGUGUGGUCACAUGUAUGCUUGUUCAGCCAGUCGAUUCAUACACACUACAAGGAGUCAUAGUGACCCCCAUAAAAACUCCAUUUGGGCUAGACAUAACCCUAGAACUGCUUUACUCUUGUUCUAAUUAUAAUGAAUUUAGUUACAGAAACUCCUUCAUUUUGCACAUAUUUUUUGCAGGGCUAAUUCAAAAUGACCACACAGAUAUUUUAUCACAGUUAAACUGUCCUGCUCCUCCAAACAAAUCUAUAGUGAUCUCUUCAGAGGCCAACUUACUCACUGCAGCUAUUUGUGUUAUACAUAGCUUGCAUUUUGGCUUAUUAUGUAAUUAAAGCAAUUUUUUUCACUCAAACCCAAUAUUUAAAUGUUUUGGCAACAGAAAUGUGCAGUUUAGCCUUCACACGUUUUCUUCUUUAUUUGCUUCACGUUUUUUCCGUUGACUCACUGUACUUUAGUUUUGAUUCAAGCCCUCUUCACUGUCUGCCUGUAACAAUGUGAAUUUAUUUAUCACAGCGAUGGAACAGGGCAAACUCCUCUUUGUUAUAUUGGAAAGUCUUAAUGCACUGAGCACAUUUUAUGUUGAUUCUUUCUAUUCCCAUUGGUUACCUUUCAUGUCCUUUUUGUACUUUUGUGCAGUUUGAAAGAAAACCCUGCUGAAGGAAGAGUUUUAUCUUGUGAAAUACGAAUGAAGACGAGGCGUCGUGGAGUUUUUAACCUGUCAUGUCUAACUGUGUGACUCACUUUCUAUGACGGUGCUUUGCGCACAUGCCUUUUUUUGGAAGGAAAAAGUAACAUUGCUUCGAAGAAACCACAUACAAUCAGUCAUACAUGCUAGUUACUCCUCCAUAUUUAAAGAUUUGCCAUGUACAGAAGCGGAGGAUAAAUAUGUAAAUAUAUGAUAGUGUAAGGCAUUUAAAAGUUGUCUGUUGCAUUCCUCAUCUGAGAUUGCGAGAAAUUAUGUAUGUAUGCAAUUAUGUGUGGGAGCAUCACAAUGGGUAUUGAAUGUAACAUGCAUCGAUUAAAACUAUUAUUGACAUUUUAA